UUCAAAGUGUGAGGGAAAGGCGAAGGCGUGCAAUCAUGCAGCAAUAACAGAUAUAAGCUACCAAGACAUCAGCAUGAGUACAGGAUUUCUACUCUUCGCGACCCUAAUCUCGAUUAUCGAGUCAACUCAAUCACAGCAAAAUAUUGCACUGCGCAGACACGUCGAGGCGAAUACGACAUGUGGGGACCCCGCCGAAGAGUACUUCACCAUCCAAGAAGCCAUGAAGAUUAUGGCUGGAGGAACAAAACGCAGCAUCCAAGUGUGCAAUGCGAGUGACCCCAACAAUGCUCACCCCCCUGGCAACUUAGUAGACGGAUCGCUAGCUUCCUUUUGGCAAUCCAGGAAGGUUAUACCUCAGGCCUUUAUUAGUAUAGAUUUACUCAAGGGCUUCUUUGCACACAGUAUUGUGCUGAGGUUCGGUGACCACAAGCGUCCGGGCGUCAUCCAGAUCAGCAAGUCCACGGAUCGCGGCGCCAGCUUCUUCCCCUGGUACUACCUGGUCUCUCAGAGUCAGCAGUGCAGAAGUGUGUUCAACGUCGAGUUCUUCACCCGUCUGAGGAACAUCGACCGCGUGGACCGUGUCUUGUGUCAGGAUUACAUUACCUAUCCGGCAUUACCUUACAACGAAAACAUUACCGUAAAUCUGAAUGGCCAACUACGAGACGGAGGGAAACCGGACAGCCCAUCAGACGAUCUCCUGUCCUGGAUGAACGUGAGCAAAGUGCAGUUCAAGUUUGAUGAGAUGUACAUCGCUCUUGACCCCUGGACGGACCGGGUGAAUCAUUACACAGUGCGCGAAAUCGAGGUUCUUGGCUACUGCGAUUGCCAUGGUCACGCCGACGGAAGCCAGUGCCCUCUGAACGAUACAACCAAUCAGAGGGAAUGUCAAUGUUCAGGAAACACGUGCGGCGCAUCCUGCGAUAUGUGCUGUCCACUGUACAAUCAAAUAUUGUGGACCGCUGGCUCAACAGCGCCAUGGAUAAAUGACGAGAGCUCGAAGUGUGAACCUUGUAAUUGUCAUAACCAUUCUGAGAAAUGCGUGUACAACCAGACCGUGAGUGACUUGGGACUGAGUAUGGAUAUAAAUGGAAACAGAAGGGGUGGUGGCGUAUGCCAAGACUGCAAGGAUAACACGCGUGGCGUGAACUGUGAGAUGUGUGACGUGUUAUUCUACAGACCUUCAAAUAAAAGUCUCACAAGCAAGGACGCCUGCCAAGCGUGCUUGUGUGACGCAAGGGGAGCGAAAAACGUGACAGGAGUCACGUUCUUGGAUUGCGUGACAGACGUCAAUGAGACGGCAUUAUUUCCUGGAAAGGCACCAGGCGACUGCUUCUGCAAGUCUCACGUCCAGGGACGGCAAUGCGACACAUGCAAGCCUGGAUUCUAUCGCUUGACCCGCGAUAAUCCUGAAGGUUGCCAAGAAUGCGCAUGUCAUCAUGGAGGGACGGUCAAUGCAUCCAACGUCUGUGUUACGGACUCCUAUGGACAGUGCCCGUGUAAAACUAACGUGGAGUUGCGUGACUGCAGUCAGUGCAAACAUGGAUUUUACGAGCUGAAUGCAAACUCGACAGAAGGCUGUAAAUCGUGUGAGUGUGACUCUGGCGGGACUUAUCCCGCGGGAACUUGUAACAAGGCCACGGGGCAGUGCCAGUGUCGUGCGCACGUGACAGGAAAGAGAUGCAACCGCACGGAGGACGGAUAUUAUUACCCAGAACUACAUUUCGUUAAGGCAGAAAAAAAUCCCUACAAACCUGCAACGAACACCUUGCACACCUUACUCCACGUACCAAUCUCCUCCCAUUACAUGGUAAUGGUUCGCUUCUCACUCGACACUAGCGCAAACUCCAGGGCCCAGGUUUUACUCACUCCUGCUGAUAACAGUUCACACUACGCAAGCGCUCGAGGCGUGACCGUUGACCUUAUCCAGUGUGGCUCGCCUGGUACGAUGUGUUCUGGCAAACCAUUUACAAAUGUAACGUUAUCAAAGGGGAAAUGGAUGGCACUUGUGAACACCACAGAUAAAAACCUAAAGAUGCAUGAAGUCAUCGCUUUGCCCUUAGAAUUCCUCAACAGUAAUGUGCUUGGUUCACGAAACCAAGCCUUCCAGUUUCAGUGCUCCGUUGAAGCCAAUGAUAUGGGUAUUGGUAAACCACGUGAGCGCUACUGCCUGUCGAAUGUGUUCAGCCUGACAGCGGCUUAUCUGAACGGAACACUACCUUGUUCGUGUGAUCCACUCGGGUCCAGGACUCUAUCUGAAUGUGAGCCUUACGGCGGUCAGUGUCGGUGUAAGCCUGGUGUCGAGGGGCGAGACUGUGGUCGCUGUAAGCCUGGGUUCUACAACAUGACGUCAGAAGGUUGCAGACCUUGCGACUGUAAAGGUCCUAAUUCCGUAUGUGACCCUGUGUCCGGCGAAUGUGAGUGUCCGGCCAACAAAGUCGGACGAACCUGUGAGCCAUGUCAGUGCAACAACAGCACGGAUAAAUGCCUUCGUAGCGGAGAGUGUCGGGAUUGCCAGCACAAUACCACGGGGUUCUACUGUGACAAGUGCGUGACGGGGACCUUUGGUAACGCAACUGCCCAGCAAUGCAAAGCGUGUGACUGUAACGUGAAUGGUUCGUCGAGCUCCUUGUGUGAUCACGUGACAGGGCAAUGUUCGUGCAAAGCGAAUGUUGUAGGAAGAGACUGCAGUCGGUGUAAGGUGAGCUCAUACGGGUUCGGUCCCGCGGGAUGUACAGAGUGCGCAUGUAAUGUCCACGGGUCUGCGAGUCUGCAAUGUGACGACAGCGGUGUAUGCCCGUGCAACUUGGAAGUAAUAGGAACCAAGUGCACGCAAUGCAAGACGGGAUACUUCGGCCUUCCUAAAAUGGCGUGCAAAGCAUGUGAUUGUAAUGUCGACGGAACAGUCAACGGCACUGUGUGCGCCAACGAUACCAUUGGUCAGUGUCAAUGCAAGUCUGGCGUGACAGGGCGAGCGUGUGACAAGUGUCAGAUAUACUUCACGGGUUUUACAAGCUCUGGGUGUGUGGCAUGCCCUGGGUGUGUGAAGGCGCUUAUGAAGAAUGUGAAGGAGACGGACACAGAUGUCAAUCAGUCGGUUGCCAUAGCAACUGGACUUGAUGCGCUGACUAAGAUGCAGGAGCCUCUCAGCAAAACGGAGCAGAAACUGACGCAAAUCAAUAGUGAAAGUAACGGCUUUGAUGCGAGAGUAUCGCAAGCUCAGACCGAUUAUGAGCGUAUGAAAAAUAACGCUUUGCCGAGUGUUGAUGCCUUGCACAGCAAAGUGGCGCAACAGAAUCAAGAACACAGCGAAUUCGCGCUGCGUCUGCUGGCUAACACAACUACAUCUCGAAGUAGAACAGCCUUAUUAUUGACGAACACAAACGGAACCAUCAAAGAGAUACACGGUGUGGACGAUCUUGUAGAUGAUAUUCUCAGAAAAGUCAUGUCGGUUGAGCGAGCUGGGUACCAGGCUCUCUCGUCUUCCAGAGAAAUGACUUCGCGUAGUAUGUCACGUGACUUCUCACUCGAAGAAGCAAAAGUGAAUACACAGAUGGCAAACGCGGAGAACCUCACUACCUUUGUGCGAAACUUCGCCGGGAGGGUGUUAAGUCAGACAUUGUUAUCAAAUGAACUCGGCCCUAGGAUUUGGAACUAUAGCAGAAACCUGACCGCGCUACAAGAAAACUGGGAACAAACGCAUGCGCUCUUCAUGAGAAAUAUCGAAGAUUUGAACCUCAGUUUGACCUCAAUACGUCAGUACAUCAAUCAUACAAAGCUAAUUGUUGACCGUGAGCUGAAGGCGCUAGAGCAGGUGGCUUAUAUUGGUCCUCACACAGACGAGAUACUCAACAAUACGGAUAGACUGCUGAAGAACGCAACAUCUGCAAAUGAGCAAUACCAGUCCCUCGUUGCCGGUGUAGCAGGCGAGGUGCAGGUAUCCAUGCUCGAGUUUGACGACGUCCGUAACGAGCUGAUGGUCAAGGUGCUGCAAGGGCGCAAUCUCUCCCCCAGGGACCUCCCCUCGGAAACGGCUGAUCCUUAUUUUCUUGUCGCAAUACAACCAGAUUGGGGGAACAGCGGCACCCUAAAAUCAACUAUCAUUCAAGGCACACUAAACCCCACUUGGCCAUUUGGCGAGAUAUACCGGUUCAACUUAUCACCAGAACAGCUCAAAGAAACCAAGCUGUCUGUUCAUCUCUAUGACAACGACCCAGAAGGCGAGGAUGACUUUCUGGGUCAGGUGACCAUCGAUCUCUCCAAGAACGACUUCAGCAAAGUGUACACCACCUGGUACCGCCUACUUCCCAUGUUGACAAGUGCAGGAAGUCUCAGCUCUUCUGCUGGGCUUGUAGACGCGUCCAACUUCCUUCAAACAAGAAUCACAGCUGCGCAUGCGCAAUCCGGUACCGCUUACAACAAAUUACAGCAGGUGCAGGAUCACUACAAGCAACUGAAGUCAAUAGAAGACGAAAUGAGAAGACUUUUCGCCAGCGCCCACGAACAUGGCUCAGCGGCGGCAGAUGCAAUAGGUCGGUAUGACGAGAUAGAGAAAAUCGUCAACACCUCAGUAACAAAGCUUGACUCGGCGAAGAACCUGGUGACUAGCCUUAAUAGAGAGCUGCUGCAGUCUUCCGUGUCUGCUCUUCUGGCGAAAGCCCGCAAUGAGUCUGAUGCGAUGAGGCUGUUCCACGAGUUCACAAGCAGCAGAAAUUGGACAGACGCCGGUAACACUGCUCUAAGCCAAGCGAUCAAAAAGGCGAAUGCGACUUUCCUUCUUCACGAACCACAAUGGUAUGAGGCGUACAACAAGUUCCCAGACCUCCGCGUUGCAGCGGCCAGGUUACAAAGCGCUUCAGCUGAGGCUUUCGGUGUGUUAGAGCCUCUUACGCUUGCUCAGAGACAAGCAUCGGUCGCAACAGAUGCCGUGCAUGACGUCACAGAUGCGCUAGCGAGGGCGCAAGAGAUUAUCUCUACUCUGCAGUCACGUGUUCAGUUUGUGCACGAGGCGGCGACCAAUCAGAGCAGAGUCAUGGACAAUGCAUUUCAGCAAGUUCGAAAGGCUUCUGAGUUGCUCAACAAUUCCACAACCGCGCCCUCUGCCGUCAUUCUUCAAGCUUUGACCGCGCAACAAGACACCGGACGACUUAACAACCGGACAAAAGAGAGAUCGGACAGCCUAGAAGAGAGGAUUAGAGGUCUACGCAGACGCCUGGCAAACGCUCCUUUUGCUCUCAACUUUACUGAUAACACGGUGACUGUGUAUGAUGUGUCCAACCGCUCCUCUCCUCUCUCCCCGCGUACCGAGAUUGUACUCGGCUUUAAGACAAACGCAACGGAUGGACUUAUGAUGUACUCCAUUGGGAAUUCGUCAGUUGCCGCACGGCAAAGUGGCAUCGCUUUGUACCUGUCUGGCGGCAAACUCCGCGCUGAGUUUAAUUCUGGAAGUGGACCUGUUCUGAUGACAAACCCACUUCACGUCAGCACAGACUCGUGGGUUUCAGCAACCUUCACAAGGUCUUCCACGAAUGGCUUUUUAACAGUGACCACAGAAGGCGUCACCAAGACCAUUUCCCAUAAUUCUCUCGGGGAGGAAAAAGUAACUUUCAAUACUGUUACCGCUGGUGGCGCAAUCUCCGAGACGGGACUGAAUGCUGUAGUGAGAAACUUUACCGGGACAAUCGACAUAUUAUCAGUAAACCAACAUAGCGUCAGUCUAUUCAACACCAUCACCACCACAGGGAGCCCGAACUACGCCCUCCCGAGACCUGAAAACCGCUACUUUCCUAGCGGAGGACAAGCGGCAAGUUUCUCUGGCGCGGGAUACCUGUUGCAGGCAUUUGACCGCGUAAACACGUUGGAAUACUGGGGCCUACAGCUAGAUGUUCGUAGUCACGAUGCGCAUGGGCUCAUUGCGCAGGUCAUGGCGGCUGAUGUAGUGCUGUAUAAUGUGUUUCUGGAUGGAGGUACGGUGGGGUUUGAAGCCGUGGGGGCGAGUCCUGAUAGCAAGGUGACAGUAAGGACUGACAGUUCCAGCUUCAAUAGUGGUUAUUGGCUGCGGUUCAAGGCCGAGGUUUUUGCGUCCAAAGUGCGUAUAGUGGUAACCGAUACUGCGACGAACCAAUCCAGCGACCGCUCAGUCGCUCUACCCUCAGGCUGGGCAAAACGACAAGCUACCCAUAUCUCGUUCGGUGGGCCUGCACCUAAACCCGAUGCCUCUCCAAGUCACAGAGAGUUUCUCGCUGGAGAUUUGCGUGACGCCAGGGUGUUCCAGCAUAACGAGACAUUCUCCUCCCGGUGGACAUUCACAAGCCCUGAUGUCCUCAAGGCGAAAGGCGUGUUCUUUACUGGCAUUCCUUUAGGACCGACUGAGGGAGGAGCUACGCGUUUCUAUGGUUACAUUCCAUCGUUAGGCACGUGCUCUCAUACAAGCGUGUCACCGGCCAUCCCGUCUGGGUCAAGCCACGCUGUUCUGUCUUCGCUCAGCUUUACUUUCAAGUCACGUGAGGCGAGCGGAAUUUUACUUUACAGUGAUGUGCAGGUCGGCGAACACCGUGAAGUGUUCUACAUGGCAUUGAUGCACGGCCAGCUGUUAGUGGUUACCAUCGAUACCUCCAUCUCUAACAAAUCCGAGCCUUUUGUGACGAGUAACAUGACUCUGAUUGAUAACAUUUGGAGAGAUAUACAUCUAAACAGCACUGAAGAUGGUUAUUCACUGUUUGUGGACGGAAACCUUGUUCACGCUGGCUGGUUCAGCAGCACACGUCACUUAUUACACCUUGGAGGUUCUGUGUAUAUUGGAGGCGUUCCCGAUAACGUCACACUUAGCCCAGGACUACCGAUCACGUGGUGCUUUAAAGGGGACAUGAAAAACUUGAUUCUGAACACACGAUCCUAUGAGCUGUUAUCGGACAAGUCCAUCGGUGUGUCCAAUGCAGGGGUACAUCCAGCAAAGCCACGGCCCCCACCCACCCCCGCCCCACAGACCUGUGGUGCACCAUCACCUCCCUUGAUUCCAGUCGCUGGCGCUGAAAAUGGGUUUACUCCGGGAAUAGGAUCCGGGGGGCAGAGCUACAUGGCUUUUGCAAAUCCCUACAGGAAUGAAACUAGAGACACGUUCCUGAUAGAGCUACAGUUCACGGCCCUAUCCGCCAAUGGCCUCCUCCUCUACAUUGCUGAUAACGAGACUCAUCCUCAACAAUUCGUUAGCGUCGAACUUGUGGACGGCAAAGUUAAAUUCCAGUUCGACCUCGGACCAGGCCUCGUCAAGAUGUCCACGGAACUAUCAUACACAGGCGCUUUGACGGAAAUGAAGCUUCUCCGCAUUGGUUCAUUCGGCGCGCUCCUCGUACCUGUGUGGAAAGAAUACCAAAACUACAAGAACUACGAGGCGACCAGGACCACCCUGGACCUUACGAGCCCCAUAUACAUAGGGGGCGUCCCAGAGCAUGUCAAAAUUCAUCCACAGGUAACCCGACGUUUCGGGUUUAGUGGGCAUUUCCAGAAGGUUGCCCUUGGGUCGACGAUUAUGGAGGAAAAAGUGUUUGACUUAAAAAAUCCCAUGAUGCAGUCUGGGAUUGGAAAGAGGUAUAGCAACGUAGAGCAGGGUUUCAGGAUGAAUGGGUCUACUUGGGUAAAGUUCGAUGAUGUUGCCGCAAAUACGAGCUUCUCAAUACAGCUGCAAUUCCGUACAUGGUCACGUGACGGUACCAUUUUCUAUCUCCAUAACAACACACAGGGCGGCGAUUCAAGCUUCCUCAAGCUACAACAGUCCAGCGGUCAGCUUAAUUUAACGGUUAGCGGCGCAAACGUUAACACGCGCAAUGCAUUGUGGUCAGACCCAGCCCGGGGCAACGCGACCACGUCAUCUCACUUGCUUUGCAACAUGGAUUGGCACGACAUUCAGAUUACCCGGCAUGCCUUCCACCUGAAUAUGACAGUCGAUGGGAAGUAUACUACGUCACUUGACCUCGAUGGUGAUAGAAGAAUCGCGGGCUCACUUUACAUUGGUGGAGAACCCGGUGGAAUGAGAGAAGACGGUUCCAACCCAGGCUUUAUCGGAUGCAUCCGUAACAUCUACGUGAACGGCCAGAGGUUUGAUGCGUCACGUACUUCCGGCGGAAAUGCCUCAUAUGGAUGCACUACGCGCGCGCAGGGAUGAACGCAUGGAUAUAAUGCAAAUAUUGACCAGAUGACGAAUAUGUUAGACUGUUAAUAUUUUUAAAUGAAAGUAAAAUCCGCAGACCGUUUAGCUAGAGAAAUCUAAGAACUUUUUCGAGUAGAACAAACUUUGUUUGAACUUUUUUCAUUGUCCAAAGAUGUAAACAAAGAGAUAUUUCCAUCAUUUUUAUUUCACAAAACCUUUUUCGUGUUAUAAUAUAAUUGCACGAAGUUUUGAUGAUCGCCAAUUUGCGAAAGUCAGGUUGCGCAAAAAAUAUUAUUGUGUAUAAUGAGGUAGCUAUACAAUUAAACAAACAGUUAUUGAAUAAUUAAAAGUUUAAUUAUUUGCAUUGUCAUA